AGCUUCUUCGCGCGCCGCCGCGGCCGGACUGCCCGCGGGUAGCUCGUUCCAUGGUUGCCCGCUCGAGGCACGCCGCCUCGUUCGCAGCAUGUUGCUCGUACGCCCGACUCGACCUGCUCCUGCAGGAGAACUUCUCCGCGCCGCGACGCGUCCUCCAGGUCCACGCCCUCCUCCUCACCUCCGGCGCGCUCUCCCUCUACCUCCCCCACUCCCACUCCCAGCCAGCCGCAACCGCCUUCCCCUACAACUGCCUCAUCCACGCCCACCUCCGCCUCCGCCUCCGCGGCUUCUCUUCUCCUCCAUGGGGGUGGGGUCCCCUCUGGAUCUUCUCCGCCAUGCUCGCCCGCGGAGUCCGCCCUAACCGCCACACGUUCCCCUCCCUCCUGAAGUCCAGCGCCAGCUCCGAAGCCGCAACCGCGGCUCUCCACGCACAGUGCCUCCGCCGCGGCCUGGAGGGCGACCGCUUCGUGGCCUGCUCCCUCCUCAGCGCGUACGGCCGUGACGGCCGUCUCCCGCGCGACGCGCGUAAGGUGUUCGACGAAAUUCCUGCUCCGGAUUUGGCUACCUGUAAUGCCAUGCUUGACGUGCUGGGUCUAUCUGGCGACAUGUCUGCCGCCCGCCACUUAUUUGAUCAUAUGGUGGCUAGGGAUGUCGUGUCGUGGACGACGAUCAUCUCUGGGUUAACGAGGAAUGGGUACCACUGGGAUGCUGUUCAAACGUUCGGAGGAUUUCUGUUGCAGUAUAAAGGACGGCUUGCAGAGGCCACACUCGUAAGCAUUCUUUCAGCUUGUGCUAAUUUGGACGCAGUGGAGGGGCUUGCAGCUGGAAUGGCUGUUCAUGGGUAUAUUGUUCGCCAUGAGGUUCAGUUCACUGCGUUCUUGGGCACAGCACUCAUAGACAUGUAUGGUAAAUACGGGAAGCUUAGAUGUUGUAGCCAUGCUUUUCGAUUGGUAAGAGACAAGGAGGUUUGUACGUGGAAUGCACUGCUGUCUGCAUUGGCUAAUCAUGGGAUGGAGACAGAAGCACUGGUUAAGUUUGAGAUCAUGAGAAGUGAAGGGUUCUUGCCAAAUCAUAUUACAUUUGUCGCUGUAUUGACAGCCUGUGCUCGUGCAGGAUUGGUGGAGACUGGGUUAGACUUGUUUGAAGGGUUGUUUACUGAAUACAAGGUGGUUCCAAUGAUGGUGCAUUAUGGAUGCGUGGUAGAUCUUUUAGGGCGUGCUGGUUGUUUUACAGAGGCAAUUCGAAUUAUAGAAAGGAUGCCAUUUCUUCCUGAUGCUUCUGUGUGGGGUGCACUUCUUGGGGCUUGCAAGAUCCAUGGCAAUAUGGAGCUUUCUGCUCAGAUCAGGGAGAAACUAAUAGCUCUUGGUCCUCAGCAACCUGGACGAUAUGUGACUGUUAGGAACAUCUAUUUAGAACAAGGGAACUGGUAUUCUGCCACAAGAAUGGGAGAGGUGAUGCAGGAGGCUGGGAUAAAAAAGACAGUGGGACAAAGCAGUGUUGUGCUUAAUUAUACGACAUAAAUAAUUUUUCGGGAGAUGACAAAAAGUUUAGUUGUCUAUUAUCUCUUCAGAAUUGGAAUUUGUCAUUUGGGACAAAACCCAUGCUGUGUGGCAACUGAGCAGUUCUUAAGUUGACUAGGCGUCCCACCCUGCCCAAUUGCCUAGGUGACGCCUUAGGCAUUUAAAUCGAGUUUAAGGCGACACCUUACACACAUGAGCACAAGAGGCAUACUAGAAAUAUGAUUAUAUUUUCCUUUGGAAUAUGAUAAUAAGGCAAAAAAUUAACAAGUCAACAAGAACACUAGACGGUGGUGACACUUUGCUUCCUGACAGCACUCAGACGCCUCGGCAAUGCUUCAAGAACCAUGCAACUGAGAGAUGGAGAUGACAGUUGUGAAAGGGCAUAUUCCAAGUUGGCCUGCCCAACCCAGCUCUAUAGGCAUUGUUCCCAUAGAGGCCGCAUGCCAAUGGCUUUUCAAAUGACAAAUUGUCACUGGAUAUCACAUUCUAUCAACCAUUUCUACAACCAUCCCCUCUUAACGAGUUACAUGUCCAAAGUGGUGCAAUCAGUGCGACGCUGACAAUGUAUGCCUCAUCCAUCAAGCGCUUCGCUGGUGGCACCAUGCCGGUGGUGCUGGAAGACAUGGCCACUGUGGUGACCAGUCUUGACAUUGGCAUUGCGAUGGCAGCCAAUCGGAAGCUACGAUUGGUAGUGUCCUUCCUCCUUCCCUGCAUGCUCUUAGAGGGCUAUUCUCAGAUGAAGUUUCUUAGUGGUUCAGUCAAAUCUGCAAAGGUAAGUGGAUGUAUUCAGAUUUCCCAAAUCUCAUUGGCAUGAAAAUAUAGUUUUUGUGCUAAAUCCAGUGCAAAGUGGAAAGGUAACCCAGGCCAAAAUACAGCUGGCUAGCACGGGCCAUGGGCCAACUCACUGUAGUUUAGGUGAGCCCAAUGUUCUACUUAUACAAGUCUUUUGUUUAUUUAAGUUCACUAGUCACUAGUGUAUUAUUGUAUUAUUUCUUGAUAUAAGUUUAGUAGUGUAUUAGCAAUUCAGGUUAGGAGACAAGUGCAUUAUUUUUUUAAUAUAAGUUCAAUAGUCACUAAGCAGUUUUCGUUACGUUAUAUUUCUAGUGAGGUUGGGCCGGCAUAUGAACUUAUAGGAAUAGGACUAUAGGAGCGCCUCGCGGCUUUAGCCUGUGCACCUAAUCGUCGCUUCUGUAGUCGGAUUAGUUUCCUGUUGAUUCUGGUAUCUAGGGUGUGCUCUUUAGGCUGAGAAGAUGCACCCAAAAAUGGAUUCUAAUAUGUCAAAGGAUAUCCUCGC